GGGAGGGCUGCCGUGCAGCAGGAACUGCGCAGACACACAGGGAUCCAGGGACGGCAGCCCCUUGCACUGGGAUCUAGAGCCACAGCGCGAAAGAGAGUUGAAGGAAGACACUCAUCUAACGCAACACAAUGGCAGACAAAAUUAAAGAUGCCAAGAUCAUCUUUGUUGUGGGUGGGCCUGGCUCUGGAAAGGGCACCCAGUGUGAGAAGGUAGUUGCAAAGUAUGGCUACACCCACCUCUCAUCUGGUGAUCUGCUCCGUGCUGAGGUGGCUUCUGGCUCUGAGAGGGGCAAGCAGCUCCAGACCAUCAUGCAGAAAGGAGAGCUUGUGCCCCUGGACACAGUCUUAGACAUGAUUAAGGACGCCAUGAUCGCCAAGGCUGAUGUGUCCAAGGGCUUCCUUAUUGAUGGCUACCCCCGUGAGGUGAAGCAGGGCGAGGAGUUUGAGAAGAAGAUCGGCAAACCCUGCCUGCUGCUGUACGUUGAUGCAAAAGCAGAGACCAUGGUCAAGAGGCUUUUGAAGCGCGGUGAGACCAGCGGCCGCUCUGAUGACAAUGAGGAGACCAUCAAGAAGCGCCUGGACCUGUAUUACAAAGCAACCGAGCCAGUCAUUGCCUUUUAUGAGAGCCGUGGCAUUGUCAGGAAGGUCGACUCCGAGCUGCCAGUGGACGAGGUCUUCGGCCAAGUCUCCAAAGCUAUUGAUGCACUGUAGUAAAAACAACAUAACUGGAUGAGCUGUGUCUGGUUGUUGUUGUUGUUUUAAUUUUUUUUUUUUUUCUCAGAGUUGGUCUCAUCAGGACAAAAAACAUGAACAACAACAGAAAUAAUACUCCUCCCACUCAUUUUGGUUAAAAAUACUGAAGGCCAUUAAGGAUCAAAGAUGCCUUAACUCCACUCCUACUGCAGCAAUAGGACUCUACAGUAUUACAAUGAAUCUGCUGAAAGCAGCAUCUAGAAAUCCAUUUGUUUCUUUAAAUAAGGUCUUGCUUCUGCGCUGAACAUGUAUGCGGAUUUAUACAAAUGACAUCUCAAAAGGUACUCUACACAGGAGGUGUCAGCCAUCUCCCAGCCUCCCGGGCACCAUGCUCACUCUGGGGCAAACCUGCACUUUUGUUCCGUCUUGUACCCUGCCAUGUAGAGUCCAGACUUCAUGGGAAAAUAAUAGCCUCCUUCAUUAUAGUGCCACUGAACCAUGGCAGAGAUCAGCCACUGUGGACAAACUGGUGCAACUCUGCAUACAUGUACAUUGACAGAAUUUUUUAAUCAUUUUUCUCAACCAUUAUGGACUUCAUGUAUUUACUUCUUAUAUCUAAAGCACAGAUACAUUCUAUUUUUUUUCAUUCAGAUGUACACAUGGAACAUGGGUGUCUAUAAAAUGGUAUAUGUAGUGAAAACAAAAUUAAAAUGUAAGAGAAAAACA